AAAUCUUACUAUGUUCAGUCUGUAAACGAAUAUAUAACUAAAAAUUUAAAGCAAGGUUAUAAUACACUGUUGCCUUCAACUUAUACUUCCUCAGUAGUUGUGUUUUAUUCUCACGUAGUAUUUGUUUGUGAAUCUUUUCAUUAAAAAAUACAUCCACUUAAGUUGCCGAACAGUACUUAUAUUAUUACAAUCACAUGGUAUUAUUAUGAAUGGUACUCUACGUUAAUGCUUAAAUAUUAUGAGUGGUAAUAAAAUAUUGUCAUAAAUUACUUGGAAGAAUUUAUUUAUACAAUUACAAUCGAAUAAACAAAAAUGGGUAGACUAGCAGAGGUAGCUAGUGAACAGUCGUCGGACAAAUGUAAAACUUUUGUAUUUAUGGAUGAAGGUUAUACUCUAGGAAAUGCUUUAGUAACAGUAAUUACACAGAAUCCUGAUGUGGAAUUCUGCGCUUGUUUUGUCAAUCAUCCAGCAGAAGGAAAUAUUUAUCUGAGGAUUCAAGCUAAACAAGGAAAAGCAAUAGACAUUUUAAAGAAAGGAUUACAUGACUUUGAAAAGAUUUGUGAUUAUACACUGAAAAGUUUUAAUAAUGCUUACGAUCAAUUUAAAACUUCUAAGAAUAUGGAUACUACAUAAUUUCUUUUAUUGUUCCAUUUUUUUAUUGUAUAAAAAUUAGAUCAUUUGAAAAAUAAAAUCAUUCCUUAUUAUGGAAAAUAAA